AUGUUCACGCGUCGUUUUGGUUGCGUCUGGAUCGCAAUGCGGAUGACGUCUGCAAGUGAUUGGUUGCUAAUAAUUAGGCAUCUUUGGGCCAAGGCGGGUUGGGCCACAUUUUUGGCGCGAGGCAUUGAUACCCAACGUUGCCAACCACCACCUGGCACCGACGCACCGAUACCAAAUUCCCGACUAAUAACCAGUAACCACACAAAUCAGCGUUCGCAAAAGAAAAAAAAAAGCGCACGCACAACCUCGCCUUGUCUUGUGCGGUGGCCCCAUCACAGACAGAUGGGAGACUGGGAGAAGGAAGAGACGGGGCAUUCCCGGCAGUCGGAAGCGACAGGUCACCGUUCACAGAGACGCAAAGGGAGCCACAUCGCCGACCCCGAGUGGGUUCUAAGCAGCGGCGAAGUCAAUUCUUGCCAAGGGCACCGCCAGCAACCGCCGGACGAUCAACAGACAGGGCUAGCAAACGGGGAGCUGCGCUGUCAAGUUGCGAAAUGGCCGGCAGUGGAGGGCAAGGGUCCCAGGAACGAACUUCCGUCGUUCCACGCUCCACAACCACGGGGAUUUGAUAGAAGACAGCCGGGGAGCGGAUGUAAGGACGUGCGUGCUUCGAAUGGUUUUUGCGCCCUCAAAAGCCCGCCGGAUGGGCGCCGUUCGAGGCUGGGAUAA